AAACUUAAAGUGACGCGCAAUUUUCUAUACCGAUUACAAAAAUAUUGACACACAUCCUGAACUCAUGAUGAUUAUCAUCACAUGACUUAUCAACACUUCUUAAGACCUCACCGAUUAUAAAUUGAAACCGAAAACAAUGUUGGUAGUCACAAUGAGAGCUUCAGCAGUUUUUCUCAGUUCCUUUAUAAUCAGCACCCAGGCUGCAGCCUUAUUCAACAACCCCGAAGACGAACUCCGCAGAAGUGCUGCUUGUUUAGAACAAUCCAAAGUGAGUUCCGAAUCGAUAAAAAAUCUCCAGAUUGGCAAUUUCGAUGACGAUGAAAAAGUGAAGGAGUAUUUGUUUUGUGUCAGCAAAAAUGCGGGUUACCAAGAUCCAACGGGUCAACUCCAACAUGAAAUGAUCAGACUGAGGUUUAAAGGGGGUCGUUAUAGUGAUGAGACCAUAAAUGAAGUAUUGCAACAGUGUGGUUACCAGAAAGACACACCGCAAGAAACUGCGUUCCAGUUCAUGAAGUGUGCUUAUCAGAAUGCUUUCCCGAGGAACUAUAAAUUUCUGCAAAUAAGUAUCACCGAAUCUACGGUCACAACGAAGUGGCUGAAGCGAGCAGAAUUAGUUCAAACACCAACCAAGAAACUAAUAAUCAUGAAAGCCUUUAUCGUUUUUGUUGCUGUGGCCGUCUGUGUCCAGGCCCUCACUGAUGAACAAAAAGAAAAAAUUAAGAACUACCACAAAGAAUGCUCCGCUGUCAGUGGUGUGAAUGAAGAGGUCAUCUCCAAGGCCCGCAAAGGCGAAUUCGUUGAAGAUCCCAAAUUCAAGGAACAUCUUUUCUGCUUCUCCAAGAAAGCUGGUUUCCAAAAUGAAGCCGGUGAUAUCCAAGAAGAGGUGCUCAGGAAGAAGUUGAACGCCGAAUUGAACGACUUGGAAGCCACCAACAAACUCAUCGCCAAGUGUGCUGUUAAGAAAGGCACCCCACAACAAACCGCAUUCGACACCAUCAAGUGUUAUUACGAAAACACUCCCACUCAUAUUAGUAUUGCCUAAAUGUGAAUGCAUAGAUUUUAAUUGAAUAAAAAUUUAAUUUGAAUAA